CGCGUCCUCGUGCACCGAAGCCAAACUCCCCGGACAAGCUCAAGCCCGCACCCAUGGCUCAGGUCGCCGCGUACGGUGUCGUCUCUGCGCUCCUCGCGCUCCAGGCCGGGGCGAGUGCGUCGUCGUUCUUCUCGCUCCCGCGCACGUUCCCGAACAUCUCCGCGUGCGCGAGCGCCGCGAGCGCGUACUCGUGCGAGAACACGACCGCGAUCGCGAACACGUGUUGCUCGCCGACGCCCGGCGGGCUCGUGCUGCAGACGCAGUUCUGGGACACGUACACCGGGCUGGAGAAGAAGGGCCAGCUGCUGCCCAAGGACAGCUGGACGAUCCACGGGCUGUGGCCGGACAACUGCGACGGGUCGUUCGAGCAGUAUUGCGACUUGUCGCGACAGUUCGAUCCCGCGCCGUCACCGGCGAUUCUGCCUGACGGGACAGCGGUGCCUGCGUACAAGGGCCCUGGCGUGGACACGUUCGUCGCGGAGUUUGGCCGUCUCGACCUGUUGGAUUACAUGAACAAGUACUGGGUCAGCCAGGGUCAAGCUAACAACGGCUUCUGGGGACACGAAUUUUCCAAGCAUGCCACUUGCACGUCAACGUUUGACGUUGCGUGCUAUGGGCCCGACUACAAGAAGAACCAAGACGUGGUUGACUUCUUCGACGCAGUAGUUCGUGCGUUCAAGAUGUAUCCCACAUGGGAGAUGCUUGCUGCAUCCGGCAUCCAGCCUUCCAACAAGACCACGUACUCUCUUACGCAGCUGCAGUCUGCCCUGAAGGCACAAACUGGCUCCCUUCCGUUCCUCGGAUGUGGAAGCAACGGCACCGUGCUGCAGGAAGUGUGGUACUUCCACCACGUCUUGGGCACCGAACAAUUCGGCCACUUCAAGACCGUCGAUUCGACAACGACGUCUACUUGCUCAAAGACCGCCGGCAUCCACUACUACGAGCGUACACCUACUUCGGAGCGUGAGGUCAGGCUACUGCCUUAAGGUGGAGGGAUUCGCAUACCUUCUGUAUAUGAUGCUCGAUAGAGCGUAGGUACAGACUGGCCGGUCUAUAUGCCG